AUGAAAGCGAAAAAUUCAUCGUCUGGAGGCAACGCACAGUCCUUCUUCAAUACGCAUCCCCGAGUUUGCGGAGUGAUAUUGGCAGGAACCAAAGGAAGCCGUCUCUACCCGAUGACUUCUGCUGAUAUGCCAAAGCAUUUGCUACCAGUGGCUGGAUUUCCCUCCAUUCUGCGUCUGAUUCAGAGUUUGAGUAAUUUCCCUGAAUUGGUCGUUGCUGUCAGCCAUCAAGACAACCUUACAUUGGAUACUCUUGUCAAAGAAGCCUGCACGUUGAAGGACAACACGGAAGAUGUAUGGAAUCUCGAGUACAAAGCAACGGAACAAAAGAUCACACUAGUAAAGCUGUCAGAGGACUGCUUUGCUUCGGCAGAUGCCUUGCGGCAGGUGGAAGCAAAAAAUAUUGUACACCCAAAGACAAGAGUUGUUGUAAUUCCAGGAGAUUUGGUGAUCCUAAAGCGUGACCUCAACUUGGAUGCUAUCAUUCGACCUAGUAGUGACUCGGCUUGUACAACACUGUUGGUAGAUGUCGGAGAAGUAGAUGAACAUGGAGUUCCUUUGAAGGAAUCAGCAAAGGCAAAGAAAGGAGGACUGGGACGCGAAGAAGAAGAUAUCGAAUAUAUUGGACUAUCGUAUCCUAAAGUCAAGACCAGUAGCUUGUCCCCGCCUGUCUUGCCUCGAAUUGUUUUGAAGGAAUCAAAGCUUGAAGUCGAAGCGGACGAAGACAUGACUGGAUCCACGGCAAAGUUGGACAUCCCAAAACCGCGUGUGCAUAAAGGAAAGCUGGUUAUCCGUACCGAAUGGAGCGACGCCCACGUCUACUCAUUAGCUCCAUGGGUGCGAGAGCUUCUCGUUGAACGAAAGAGCAUUUCAUCAAUCCAGGCUGGUUUGCUUCCGCUCCUCGUAUCUCGGCAAUUUCGCGGCAGGAAGGCUACUUUUGGAUCAAGUCUACCCGAUGAGAAUGACGAAAACAAGGACAAACAGAAUUCCGAAGCAUUCAGUGAAAAACCAUACUCAGUAUCCGCUUUGGUGCUAGAACCCAAGACGGUCAUGCGGAUAGACAACAUCCCAGCCUAUAUUUUUGCAUGUAAGGAAACCGUGGCCAAUGGAUCUGAACUUCCAAUGCCCACAGACUCCAGAUGGAACGGAAAAUUCUUAUCUCUUGUUCUGAAGGAAUCCAAACUAGGAGCCAAGGUCAACAUGAAAUCAAGUAUUGUUGGCACCAAAUGUCAGGUUGGGAGCAAAUGUCGACUGAACAAUGUUAUCAUCAUGGACAAUGUAGUCAUUGGUGAAAACUGUUCAUUGCAAAACACUAUACUAGGAUCUGGUGCCGUUCUAGGCAACAACUGUAGUUUGAAUGACUGCCAAGUGGGUUCUGGCAUGAACCUGCCAGCUGGUACCAAAGAGAAGGGAGAGUCUUUCAUGGUUGGUGCUGACUUGGGUGUUGGUGAUAUGCUUUAA